ACUGUGGAGAACGCACCGGAAGAAAUCUAACAACUGCCCUACAACAGCAAACGUUUGCGACAAACGUUUCUUAUUUGUAAACAUGUGAGUUUCAUUGUACUCCCAAUGCGUUUCUGUAAAAGACUGUUGAAAUCUGUGCAAAUCCAAAAAAUGGCGAUAUAGCCAACGUGUACAUCUUAAUUGGGAUAGUUAUUUACUACAUCUAGCUGAAGCGGCAACGUUCGUUCAGCCAUCAAAAAGCUAGACAUUUAGCCAAUAUAGUAAAGAGUGAUACAAUCACCCCACAAGGGCUAAGACUAGCAUGGCAGAAUUUGAAGAACCCGAAGAACCUGGUGGUCUGGACGGCCUACCAACCAUGUAUGGUAUCUUCAAAGGCGAGGUGGUUUCUGUACAAACCUAUGGAGCCUUCGUCAAGCUCCCAGGAUACCAGAAGCAGGGUUUGGUGCAUGUCAGUGAAAUGUCUGCAUGUCGAGUAGAAAAUGCCUCAGAGAUUGUAGAUGUGGGAGAACAGGUGUGGAUCAAAGUCAUCGGGAAAGAGGUCAGAGAUGACAAGGUAAAACUCUCCUUCUCAAUGAAAGCUGUGAAUCAGGGAACAGGACGGGACCAGGACCCUAAUAAUGUCAACGCUGAGCAGGAUGAGCGGAGACGUAGAAUGUUCAGAGAUCACACUGGACAGAGAAUAACACUGGAGGCAGUUUUUAACACCACCUGCAAGAACUGCGGCUGCAAAGGCCACUUUGCCAAAGACUGUUUCUCAACUCCUGGGUUGCAGUACUCGUUGUUGCCUGAAGAGGGCGACGAGGUAGAACAACGGCAGCAGCAGCCACCCCCAAAACUCGUACCACAGCAAGACUCUCAGAAGAAAAAAAAGAAAAAGAAGGAGAAGAAAGUGAAGAAGAAGAGGAAGAGGGAGAGGAAAGAGUCAGAGAGCGACAGCAGCAGCAGCGACGGAGCGCAGAGGCCGAGCCAGACCAAGAGAGGGCGCCAUGACCAAGACAAAGAGGAGAGAAAGAAGAAGAAGCACAAGAAACACAAAUCGCACAAGCACAGCUGAGACGAAAGAGGAUCACAUGCGCACACUGUGCGAUCACACACGGUUCACUCGCACGCAGACAACACACAGACACAUAGAAAGAGAACUGGCUUUAAAUGUAGAUGACAGACGUGUUUUAUUGCGGUGUCCCCAUUGUAUUUGUGUGUGUUUUUUUUUUUUUUUUUUUAAGAUGAUCUAGGACUUCUUAAGAAGUAGCAGAAGCAUGAGCCAGAGCAUUGUCACUGUCUCUCCUAAGGUAACCCUCACCCAGACUCCCUCCAUGCGCUGCCUGAUGUUAAGUAACCUGAUAGGUGUAAGCAAUAUGGCAAAUGGCAGAUCCUCAAGCUUAAUGUGAGGUCCUAGAUAUUGUUUACACCUAUCCAAUUGCUUAAAUGAUAGUGAAACAAGUCUGGUCUAAUCCAUUGUUUCAUAACAGCAAAAAGCAAACACACAGGAAGUAAGUAACAGGUCCUAGACUCAGUUUCUGAGUUAACCAGCUUUUUAUUGUGUGUGUGGUAGGAAUGUUUUCAGUGUCUCUGUAUUGCUUUAUCUUCCUGUGUCACCUGUUAUUCUGACAAACAUGUCAAAACGCUUUGUUUUUCUUCCCUUGAAUGCAUAAACGAUACAACGCUGCCUGAUGGCUAUGCAUAAUUCGA